AGAUAAUACGAAUGUCACAUAAUUUUACGAUUGGUUUUAAAUAUGUUUCGUGUUUGAUGAAAAUUGAUGAAACACCAAAAAUGAAACGCUAAUUUAAUGAAUAUUUAUAAUGAAAUUUGUUCACAUAUAGUUACUUUUUUUUUAGAUUAAAAAAAUUAUGCAAGAUUGGACAACUGAUCGUAGUUACUUUCGAUAAUGGUACAAAAUAUUCGACGGAAAAUACAGUAAUAAAAUCAAUUCGAUCCAAAGUGAGAAGCGAUUACGCUCGUCAAAGAAACAAAAGUAUAUCUGAUCUCUACGUAUAAUAUUGCCAACGAUCGAUCAAAGAAACGCUCGUCUGACAUAAAUACAUUUCCCAAAAUGAGUUCGUCGGAUGAAUCAAGUUGCGAGAAGGAAAAGAAAUAAAAAGGACAAAAGGUGCUUUUUUAUUAGACAGGCCCGCAAGAAGUUGCAAGAAAAAAUAAAUAACAUCCCAAGGACAGGCCAAGGUGCCAAGGUAAACGAAUAUAAUGCGUGUCUUGACGAAAAUGUUUUGCCCCUUCGCGGGCAAAACUACCAUGAAAGACCAUCGGCGUACCGGUAUAGAUAUCGGUGAACGCUCUUACUUGUGUGACGUCUGCAACAAGUCAUACCGCUCUAAAAAGGAAUUGAAAUUACACAUCAUGAAACAUACAGGCGAUUUUCCGCACAAAUGCGUUUAUUGCGACAAGGGAUUUACACGUAAACGGGAUAUGCUGUAUCACUUGACGAAGCAUACGAAUGAAAGAAAUCAAAUAUGCGAUGUAUGUGGUAAGUGCUUCGCCCGAAAGGACAUGUUAUACAACCACAAAAAAAUUGUACACUCCAUGGAAAAACCGUAUACAUGUAAAUGUGGCAAGAGUUACAAGCGUAAAAAUGAUCUCAAAAAGCACAAACGCUUAAAAUUAGGGAUGUGUGAAAAAUCGCGAGAAUUAAGUUCAGUCGGACCAGAUUCGAAUUUAAUUCCAGAAAAUUUAAACAAAAAUAGAAACAACAGAGAUUACAUUUCUGCUGAACAAGUGGGCACAAGUAAUGUCACGAAAAAGACUAAUGACAUAGCGAGAAAGUGCCAAGGUGCCAAGAUGAACGAAUCUAAUGUGUGUCUUGAAGAGAAUGUUAAACAAUCUAAAGCGAAAAGGGUUGCACUCAUCGAUGAUACAGAUAUGAUUUGCCAGUUCUGUAAUAAAACAUUUACUUAUCAGAAAAGCUACCUUACUCACCUUGUACGCCAACACGAAGAUAAGACAGAGUACAAGUGCUAUCCCUGCUUUAAGGUAUUCCGUACACUUGAUAGUCUGAUUCGUCAUCAAAAGAACAUCCACUAUGUUAAGAAAGAUCACCCUUGCGACAUAUAUGACAAAAACUUCAAGAGCAAAACCACCAUAGAAGACCAUCGGCGUAUCCAUACCAGUGAACUUCCUUACUUGUGUAAAAUAUGCGACAAGUCGUUCAGCUGCACAAAGAACUUGAAGGAACAUAUCAAAAGUCAUACAGACGAUUUCCCGCACAAGUGCGACUAUUGCGGCAAGGGAUUUAAAAGUAAACAGGAUAUGCUGCAUCACUCGACGAAACACACAAGCGAGAGGAAGCAGAUAGAUGAUACAGAUAGAAUUUGCAAGCUCUGUAAUAAAAAAUUUUUUUCGCGAAAAAGUUAUCGUGAUCAUGAACGCUAUCACGAAAAUGAGACAACGUACAAGUGCCGUCUCUGUUCUAAGAAAUUCAGUACGCUUUGUAAUCUGGUUCGUCAUCGAAGGAACAUCCACAACCCUAAGAAGCAUCCUUGCAACAUAUGUGACAAAAGUUUUGCGGAAAAGUCCGCUAUGGAAGAUCAUCGGCGUAUCCAUACCGGUGAACGGCCGUACAUGUGUGAUACUUGUAACAAAGCAUUCACAUCCAAAACGAGAUUAUAUAAUCACAUUAAGAUUCAUAUAGGCAAUUUCCCGCAUAAAUGCGCUUAUUGCGGCAAGAAUUUUUUGUAUAAAUCUAGUAUGAUAGACCAUUUGACGUUGCACACGGGCGUGAAGAAUCACGCAUGCGAUAUAUGUGGCAAAUAUUUUGGCAUGAAAAGAACCUUGAUUAGACACAAAAGGGAGACGCACUCCGAGAUAAAACCCGCCUAUACAUGUCAAUGUGGCAAGAGUUACACACUUAAAGGUAAUCUCAGACGUCACGAAAGUUUAGGGACAUGUAAAAUUUCGCGAAAGUCAAGUCGAGUCGCGUCCGAUAAAUCUCAUAUAAUGGACCAUUUGACGGUGUACACGGGCGUGUCGAGUAACACGUGCGAUAUAUGCGGCAAACGUUUUGGCAUGAACAAAACAUUGAUCAAACACAAAAAGGAAAUUCACUCUGCAAAAGACCCGCCUUUAUAUUAUGUGGUAAGAGCUACACGCUCAAAAGGUAAUCUCAAACGUCACAAAAGCUUAAGGACAUGUAAAAUUUCGCAAAAAUCAAAUCGAGUCGUGCCCAAAACGAAAUAAAUUUUAGAUAAUUUGUGAAUACUUUUUAUGUCUAAAACUCAAAAUGUAAUUUUCUACAAUUAACUUUAAGUAGACUUAUAAGCAAACUGCAUGCAUGUAAUAUGAAUAUAUUUCAGAAAAUUAAAAAAAUAAGAUAUGUAGUGUAUGAUGUGACACUGAAAAAUCCUCAUAACACGGAUGUAAAAUAUAAUUUUGUUAUUGAAUACAAGUACAGUACAAUUGUUUAUA